AGAGGACUAGGCGAGAUGCUUAGUCACCUGGAACGACAACCAAGAAAUAAGGAACGUCGCGUUGCUUGGCUGACAUUCGUAGGACCACUCUUCCAAAGCAUUGGUCUUGUAUAUUUAUUGGCUCAUUUCAGGAGGCUUUUCCCACUUUUCUUCAAGUGGAUACAUGCUGAUGAUGAUCAAACUGUUCUUCUGGUUCUGAAACAGGUUCAUACUUCAUACAGU